UGUGGCGGGUAGCAGGUGUCUAAGACACACCCAGGUCUGUACUGUGAUAGCAAGAGGAGGGUUUCUGUUGAAGGGUUUUCUUCCUCCCAAUCAGUUGUUUCCAGCACAUGGUGAGGAACUGUAGACAAACAACGUCAGAGCGGAAAUGGUGUCAACAGAAGCCGGGCAGCCAGGCAGGCAGACAAACAGAGGCUUUGCAGGUUACUGGUGUCUGAGGCAGAACCAGCGACUGAAUAUCGGCAGCUCAGAGAGAGGAGAGAGAGAGAGAGGUCGAGAGGCCAGCGGUGCCAACUCAUCCCCGUCUGGGACUGGACGGAGUUCUGCACCAAGGAUAAACAUCAUACAUGAGAAAGAAGGACAGGGCAUUGGCAAUGCUAACCUAGUGUCGUUGCCUGAGAGAUCACGUCUGGAUUCCAUGUUAGCCUUCUAAUAAUUCUUCUCCAAGAAACAUUAAUAAGACUUAACUUCCAUCGCAAAACUUAGCAACAGCUUCACUGCACUUCGCAUCGAUGAAACGCGUUUUGGGAAAACAGUCUGGAAAGAGGAAACAAAGCUCAGAAACCCGGAGACUCGACAAACCUAAUAAAUCAACAAAAUGGACACCUUCACCUCAACUGAGCACAUCCACAUCUGGUGGGACUCAAAGAGCGACAACAUCUGGAGUUACCCAACUACAUGGUGAUACGGUUGCAGAUCCGAAGAAGUGUUCCACUACAUUGGGUGAGUUGAUUGAGAUGGUUUCCAUGGAGAGUGAACCAGACCCCAGAGCAGAGGGCAAUACAGUGGGCUGUGGUGUGGGUCAUACACCGAGCAACUCACCAAAAGCCAAUGCCUUCUCUUUACCUGAUUUUCAGGAAAGUCUCAAUGAGAUGGAAACGGACAAAGUCGCUGCAGGUACAAACACCUCAUUCGCUGAGACCCUGGCAUUAUACAACGAGCUCCAGCUGCACAGUCUGACAACGUUCUACUGGGACAGAUUGGCGCAGGCCAUCGAGGAAGGCGUGGGGGACAUCAGUUCAUGGCUGAGACACAAGAAAUAUUUCAGCCCGCACGAACAUAAAACACUCACUGAGCUCACCCGCAUUGGGCAGAAGAGACGGAGCUCCAAACUUCUGCUCAACUUGGUGACGGAGAAAGAUUCCCGGGCCCGGAGAAUGAUGUGGGUUUUCUUUGAGGAAAUGAGGCCCAUUUUGCCCAAACUGAACAAAAUCAUGACUGAAAUCCAGGAGCAAGGUGCCACUCUAGUAAAGGUCGUGUCCAGUGGCCAAAUUGUGCCACACGUCCCCAGUGAACUGACAGCUGUUCAGCGAUUACACAAGGAGACGUUACAGAGACAGAGUGAAAGACUGGAAGUCAAGAACAUCCUGAUAAACGAGAAUGUAAGGACGUUUCAGCUGGUUGAUCACUUCACGGAGUUGACAAUCGUUUCUGAUCUCCGUGACCUGGAACUGGUAGAACAUGAGCUGCUGGCGAGAGGCAGAGACCACGAGGAGUGCAGACAGAAGCAACCCCGGAGAGAGCUGCAGAAAAUCCGAACUGAUAAAUUGUUCCACAGCAGCUUCUCUGGAGGAAGCCAUUUGCCUUCCUCCCAAGGGAAGCGGAUCUGACUCUCCACAGGGACUUCCGCAGUAGUGAGUGGAGUGGCUGGGAUUGGAAAAACAACAUUGGUGCAAA